AUGGCGCUAAAUCUUCUGGGACACUUUCCUCACCUCCUAUUGCUGCUGGGAUUAUGGGGGCCAAUGCAUCCGCUUUUUGCUGUGCCUCCGAAUUUGACCAGGGCUCAAUGGUUUCAAAUCCAGCAUUUACGGCCAAGUCCUCUACCAUGCAAUCAGGCAAUGGGAGGUGUCAACAGUUAUACCAACCAUUGUAAGGGUCUAAAUACCUUUCUGCAUGAUUCCUUCCACAAUGUGGCUGCUGUCUGUAACUUGGCAAACAUCACCUGCAGGAAUAGAUCCACCAACUGCCACCGGAGCCCAAACCGUGUUAACAUGACCGUGUGCAGCCUCACUGCAGGAAGGUAUCCUAAUUGCAACUACAACAGGGCUGCAGCGUACAAGUUUUUCAUUGUUGCCUGUAAUACCCCUCAGGUGGGAGACCCUCCCUAUCCCUUCGUUCCUGUGCACUUAGAUGGGGUCAUUUAA